AUGGAUGAGAUCAAAAGUCAACGCGCCAAUGAAGACGAUAAAAAAAAAAUGAUUGACAUGUUACGAAGGUUUGAACAAGAAAGUGAUGAAAUGUCGAGAGAGGCAAUGGAAAUGGUGGAUGAAGAUUCUGCCGACAUUGAAACAAUCUGGGGCAAACUGACGCCGCAGGAACGUGCUGAAUUUCAACAAAAAUUUAUUGAUGGCAAACCUGAAAACUUUCUGGAACUUAUUGACGAGUUACCAUUAUGGAAACCAUGGUGGGAACAUAGUGUUAGUGACAAGAUAGUAGAAAUUUUACCUCAAGACAGAGAAGAUGAAACUCAAUUAUCAGAAUAUUCUCAAAAAAAGUUUAAUGAUAAUUUAUCGCAGAGACCACAGAUACUGUCAGAUAUAAAAAGAAUUGAAGUGCUAACAAAGAAAUCUCCCAAUCCUGCUCUGGCUUUGAACCUUAUAAAUAUUUUGUAUCCUA